GUGGAACACGGGGGUCGCAUUGAUUGUUUUGCUGAAAACGGCGACAGUCGGGCUCAUCGGACUGUUUGGCUCUCUGUUCAAGAUGUCCCACAAGCGCCGGUUUUGACGGAAAUUCAUCGAACCAGUGAUUCCGUGAGUGUGGAAUGGACUCAAGAUCACUUUGUCAAUGACAAACCAAUAGAAAAUUUUCUGCUGAGCUGGAGAAGUGAGAGUGAAGAAAAUCACUGGAUGACCAAACUGCUCUUGUCAACUGAACGUAGUCACAAAAUCCAGCAUCCUCUUGUGCUUUUCUGUUUUGAUGAAUUUUCCCGCGAUGCCUUCGCAUUUUCCUCAUCGCUGCGGAUAGAA